AUGAUCAAUCUAGAAACAAUCUCCAGUGCUGCUCUCCUGGAGAUGUUUUAUCAAAUGGGAUACAAGGAGACUCUAUCUACACUCUUGAAAUUUUACAAGCCUAACCUUCCUCCCCAAUGGAAUGCCUUAUUCACUAUUAUGUUCAAAAGCUUUUCUAAAAGGAUUACAGGGUCUUACUGUGCGAGGCAAUUGUCAAACACAAAAUCCCAACGAUGCAGGAUGCCCUUGCUUUCAUGGCCACUCACUCUGGAAAUGCAAGCAGCCCUUGUUGCUGCUGAUAAACCUAAGAAAGUAGGUAAAGGAUCGAAAAAAGGAGUAAAGAAGGAUGCUAAAACAGAAGGUCUAUCAGGUGCUACAAAACCUUCGCCUAACCAGCAACAUCAUCUGCUUCUACUCCAAAAAGAAGAAAACAACCGGCUCGCAAAUAAAAACCCCUACACCAUCAGCAAACAAAGUGUACACCAAACUAUUAAUGACUCUAUUCCUUCUCCUCCUCCUUCACCACAAGCAACCUCAACCCCUAUCACAAUUGCUCCCUGUCCCCCUCCAGUUACAUCAUCUCAACCUACAACUAUUUCUUUCUCCACACCAAUCUUAACUGAUACAACUACAACACCUAUUGUUUCCAUGAACCCCGAAGUCACGGUCAACGUAUCUCAUACUGGGGCUAUAACUUCAGUCUUCACUCCCCAUGUUUCUUCAUCCAUCUUGUCCAUUCGCAAUGAUGAUCCGGAUAUGAUCUUUCGAGAUGCUGGUGAUGAUGAUGAUCUUGACGGAUUCACUUAUAGUCCAUUUCAGAUCAGGACUGAAAGUGAAGAUGAAGACUCAGUUUCAAAAGGGUAG